AUGUUACAAAUGGUUAUGUCUGAGAGGAUUGUCCCUGAGACUCUUUUUGAUCAGAACAAUGCUGCAAAAAAAGAAGAGUCAGAGACAGCAAAUAAAAAUGAUUCUUCAAAGAAGUUGUCUGUUGAGAGAGUAUACCAGAAGAAGACACAACUUGAACACAUUCUCCUUCGUCCUGAUACAUAUAUUGGAUCAGUGGAGCCAUUAACACAGUUAAUGUGGGUGUAUGAUGAAGAUGUAGGAAUGAAUUGCAGAGAGGUUACCUUUGUUCCAGGUUUAUAUAAGAUCUUUGAUGAAAUUUUGGUUAAUGCUGCUGACAAUAAGCAGAGGGAUAAGAACAUGACCUGUAUUAAGGUUUCUAUUGAUCCUGAAUCUAACAUCAUAAGCAUUUGGAAUAAUGGAAAGGGCAUUCCAGUGGUAGAACACAAAGUAGAGAAAGUUUAUGUUCCUGCUUUAAUUUUUGGACAGCUCUUAACAUCCAGUAACUAUGAUGAUGAUGAGAAAAAAGUUACAGGUGGCCGCAAUGGUUAUGGUGCAAAACUUUGUAAUAUUUUUAGUACAAAGUUUACAGUUGAAACAGCUUGCAAAGAAUACAAACAUAGUUUUAAGCAGACAUGGAUGAAUAAUAUGAUGAAGACUUCUGAAGCCAAAAUUAAACAUUUUGAUGGUGAAGAUUAUACAUGCAUAACAUUCCAACCAGAUCUGGCUAAAUUUAAGAUGGAAAAACUUGACAAAGAUAUUGUGGCCCUCAUGACUAGAAGAGCAUAUGAUUUGGCUGGUUCAUGUAAAGGAGUCAAGGUCAUGUUUAAUGGAAAGAAACUGCCUGUAAAUGGAUUUCGCAGUUACGUAGACCUUUAUGUGAAGGACAAAUUGGAUGAAACUGGGGUGGCCCUGAAAGUUAUUCAUGAACUUGCAAAUGAAAGGUGGGAUGUUUGUCUCACAUUGAGUGAAAAAGGAUUCCAGCAAAUCAGCUUUGUAAAUAGUAUUGCAACUACAAAAGGCGGACGGCAUGUAGAUUAUGUAGUAGAUCAAGUCGUUGGUAAACUGAUUGAAGUAGUGAAGAAAAAGAACAAAGCUGGUGUAUCAGUGAAACCAUUUCAAGUAAAAAACCACAUAUGGGUUUUUAUUAAUUGUCUUAUUGAAAAUCCAACUUUUGAUUCUCAGACUAAGGAAAACAUGACUCUGCAGCCCAAAAGUUUUGGGUCCAAAUGCCAACUGUCAGAAAAAUUUUUUAAAGCAGCUUCUAAUUGUGGCAUUGUAGAAAGUAUCCUGAAUUGGGUGAAAUUUAAAGCUCAGACUCAGCUGAAUAAGAAGUGUUCAUCAGUAAAAUACAGUAAAAUUAAAGGUAUUCCCAAAUUGGAUGAUGCUAAUGAUGCUGGUGGCAAACAUUCUCUGGAGUGUACACUGAUAUUAACAGAGGGAGACUCUGCCAAAUCGCUGGCUGUGUCUGGAUUAGGUGUGAUUGGGAGAGAUAGAUAUGGAGUCUUUCCACUCAGGGGCAAAAUUCUUAAUGUACGAGAAGCUUCUCAUAAACAGAUCAUGGAAAAUGCAGAAAUAAACAAUAUUAUUAAAAUAGUUGGUCUACAAUACAAGAAAAGUUAUGAUGAUGCAGAAUCUCUGAAAACCUUACGUUAUGGAAAGAUUAUGAUUAUGACUGAUCAGGAUCAAGAUGGUUCUCACAUAAAAGGUUUGCUUAUUAAUUUCAUCCAUCACAAUUGGCCAUCACUUUUGAAGCAUGGUUUUCUUGAAGAGUUCAUUACUCCUAUUGUAAAGGCAAGCAAAAAUAAGCAAGAACUUUCCUUCUACAGUAUUCCUGAAUUUGACGAGUGGAAAAAACAUAUAGAAAACCAGAAAGCCUGGAAAAUAAAAUACUACAAAGGAUUGGGUACCAGUACAGCUAAAGAAGCAAAGGAAUAUUUUGCUGAUAUGGAAAGGCAUCGCAUUUUGUUUAGAUAUGCUGGUCCUGAAGAUGAUGCUGCCAUUACUUUGGCAUUCAGUAAGAAGAAAAUUGAUGACAGAAAAGAAUGGCUAACAAAUUUUAUGGAAGAUCGGAGACAGCGUAGGUUACACGGCUUGCCAGAGCAAUUUUUAUAUGGUACGGCAACAAAGCAUUUGACUUAUAAUGAUUUUAUCAACAAGGAAUUGAUUCUUUUCUCAAACUCAGACAAUGAAAGAUCUAUACCAUCUCUUGUUGAUGGCUUUAAACCAGGCCAACGAAAAGUUUUGUUUACCUGUUUCAAGAGGAAUGAUAAACGUGAAGUAAAAGUCGCUCAGUUGGCUGGAUCUGUUGCUGAAAUGUCUGCUUAUCACCAUGGAGAACAAGCAUUGAUGAUGACUAUUGUGAAUUUGGCUCAGAACUUUGUGGGCAGUAACAACAUUAACUUGCUUCAGCCCAUUGGUCAGUUUGGAACUCGGCUUCAUGGUGGCAAAGAUGCUGCAAGCCCUCGUUAUAUUUUCACAAUGUUAAGCUCUUUAGCAAGACUCCUUUUUCCUGCUGUGGAUGAUAACUUGCUUAAGUUCCUUUAUGAUGAUAAUCAGCGUGUAGAGCCUGAGUGGUACAUUCCCAUAAUUCCUAUGGUUUUAAUAAAUGGUGCUGAGGGCAUUGGCACAGGAUGGGCUUGUAAACUACCCAACUAUGAUGCGAGGGAAAUUGUGAACAAUGUCAGACGGAUGCUAGAAGGAUUGGAUCCUCAUCCCAUGCUUCCAAAUUACAAAAAUUUUAAAGGCACAAUCCAAGAACUUGGUCAAAACCAAUAUGCAGUCAGUGGUGAAAUAUUUGUGGUGGAUAGAAACACAGUAGAAAUUACAGAGCUUCCGGUUAGAACCUGGACACAGGUAUACAAGGAACAGGUUUUAGAACCUAUGCUAAAUGGAACAGAUAAAACACCAGCAUUAAUUUCUGAUUAUAAAGAAUAUCAUACUGAUACAACUGUGAAAUUUGUGGUGAAAAUGACAGAAGAGAAGCUUGCACAAGCAGAAGCUGCUGGACUACAUAAAGUUUUUAAACUUCAGACUACUCUUACUUGCAAUUCCAUGGUAACUUACUAGUUUUACUAUUAACUUAAUCUUUCUUGCAUGACAUAUUUUGGAUUAACCUAUUUUAAGACCAAGGAAUUCUUUGAUUUACGGUUAAGUUACUAUGGUUUACGGAAGGAGUGGCUUGUAGGAAUGUUGGGAGCAGAAUCUACAAAACUUAACAAUCAAGCCCGUUUCAUUUUAGAGAAGAUACAAGGGAAAAUUACUAUAGAGAAUAGGUCAAAGAAAGAUUUGAUUCAAAUGUUAGUCCAGAGAGGUUAUGAAUCUGACCCAGUGAAAGCCUGGAAAGAAGCACAAGAAAAGGCAGCAGAAGAGGAAGAAACACAAAACCAGCAUGAUGAUAGUUCCUCUGAUUCAGGAACUCCUUCAGGCCCUGAUUUUAAUUAUAUUUUAAAUAUGUCUCUAUGGUCUCUUACUAAAGAAAAAGUUGAAGAACUCAUUAAACAGAGAGAUACAAAAGGGCGAGAGGUCAAUGAUCUUAAAAGAAAAUCUCCUUCAGAUCUUUGGAAAGAAGAUUUAGCAGCAUUUGUCGAAGAGUUGGAUAAAGUGGAAGCACAAGAACGAGAAGAUAUUCUGGCGGGAAUGUCUGGAAAAGCAAUUAAAGGUAAAGUUGGCAAACCUAAGGUGAAGAAGCUGCAACUGGAGGAGACAAUGCCUUCACCGUAUGGGAGAAGGAUAGUUCCUGAAAUCACUGCUAUGAAGGCAGAUGCCAGCAAGAAGUUGCUGAAAAAGAAAAAGGGUGAUCUGGAUACUACCGCAGUGAAAGUGGAAUUUGAUGAGGAAUUUAGUGGAACACCAGUAGAAGGUGUAGAAGAGGCAUUAACCACAUCAGCCCCUGCAAAUAAAGGUCCCAAACCCAAAAGGGAGAAAAAAGAGCCUGGUACCAGAGUUAGAAAAACACCUACAUCAUCUGGUAAACCUAGCACAAAGAAAGUGAAGAAACGGAAUCCUUGGUCAGAUGAUGAGUCUAAGUCAGAAAGUGACUUGGAAGAAACAGAACCUGUGGUUAUUCCAAGAGAUUCUUUGCUUAGGAGAGCAGCUGCUGAGAGACCUAAGUACACAUUUGAUUUCUCAGAGGAAGAGGAUGAUGAUGCUGAUGAUGAUGACGACAAUGAUUUAGAGGAACUGAAAGUUAAGGCAUCUCCCAUAACAAAUGAUGGGGAGGAUGAAUUUAUUCCUUCAGAUGGCUUAGAAAAAGAUGAAUAUACAUUUUCUCCAGGCAAAUCAAAAGCUACUCCAGAAAAAUCUUCACAUGACAAAAAGGGACAGGAUUUUGGGAAUCUCUUUUCAUUUCCUUCAUACUCUCAGAAGUCAGAAGAUGAUUCAGCUAAAUUUGACAGUAAUGAAGAAGACACUGCUUCUGUUUUUUCACCAUCAUUUGGUCUGAAGCAAACAGAUAAAGUUCCAAGUAAAACAGCAGCUGCUAAAAAGGGAAAACCACCUACAAGCCUGGAAGCUUCUAAACCCAAAAGAGCCUCCAAACAGAAGAAAGUAGUAGAGACUGUAAACUCUGACUCAGAUUCAGAAUUUGGCAUUCCAAAGAAGACUACAGCACCAAAAGGUAAAGGCCGAGGGGCAAAGAAAAGGAAAGCAUCUGGCUCUGAAAAUGAAGGGGAUUAUAACCCUGGCAGGAAAACAUCUAAACCAACAAGCAAGAAGCCGAAGAAGACAUCUUUUGAUCAAGAUUCAGAUGUAGAUAUCUUCCCCUCGGACUUCACUUCUGAACCACCUUCUCUGCCAAGGACCGGCCGGGCUAGGAAAGAAGUAAAAUAUUUUGCAGAGUCUGAUGAAGAAGAAGAUGUUGAUUUUGCAAUGUUUAAUUAAGUGCCCAAAGAGCACAAACAUUUUUCAACAAAUAAUUUGUGUUGUCCUUUUGUCUUUUCUGUCUCAGACUUUUGUACAUCUGGCUUAUUUUAAUGUGAUGAUGUAAUUGAUGGUUUUUUAUUAUUGUGGUAGGCCUUUUAACAUUUUGUUCUUACACAUACAGUUUUAUGCUCUUUUUUACUCAUUGAAACGUCAUGUAUUGUCUGAUUGGCUUGUAGAAUUGUUAUAGACUGCCGUGCAUUAGCACAGAUUUUAAUUGUCUUGGUUGCAGACUACAGACCUGCUUUUUGAAAUGAAAUUUAAACAUUAAAAAUGGAACUGUG